AAGACUUGAGAGUCAAGAUAUAUAUGUCUAUAAGUCGUAGCGAUCCUCUUGUGGUGGGAAGAGUUGUUGGAGAUGUUCUUGAUCCUUUCACCAGGUUGGUCUCUCUUAGGGUCACUUAUGGCCAUAGAGAGGUUACGAAUGGCUUGGAUCUAAGGCCUUCUCAAGUUCUCAACAAACCAAUGGUGGAGGUUGGAGGAGAUGACCUCAGAAAUUUCUAUACUUUGGUUAUGGUGGAUCCAGAUGUGCCGAGUCCAAGCAACCUACACCUCCGAGAAUAUCUGCAUUGGUUGGUGACUGAUAUACCUGCCACAACUGGAACCGCCUUUGGUAAGUUUAAUAAUUCACUCAAUAGUCAUAGACCAUCAAAAAAGCUUUAGUCCGAUAGAUCUAUAGUCAUAGACCAUCAAAGAAGCGGCACAUCUGAUGCUAUUCUUGGCCUUUCUAGCAAAGGAUGCAACCCAACCUGAUCUUCCCUGAGAACACCAUAAAGAGGAUCAUCUUCUUUAAUCACCAAAUCUUUUUUGGCGUUGUCCACCUUACGACCCAACUUCCUAUCUAAGAGCUUAUCCUCAAGGAGUUUAAGAAUCAAAGGACAGUCCACAUCCACAUGAGUGAGUCUUUGGCAGUUGUAACAAAAAUAUAUUUAUGAUAAUUUUUAUGAUAAUUAAAUAUAUAUUUAAAUAUA